CGCUUCCGCUCGUGCAUCAACAUAUGCUUUCCAUUAUCUCCUACACAGUGACUAUGACAUUUGGUUGACUCUCUAACAAGGAAGUUUUUGAUAAGAAUAACAUACGUCGACUUCACACUGCUUCUAUUAUUCAUUUACAAAGAUGAAUACUAUAGCAGUGUGUGUGUCUAUUUUCUGUGCUGGUGUGAUAGUAGGUACCCUGGGGUUGGAUCAGACGAUGCAACCCGGGGGUAAUGGUGCGAAUGUGGUCGAAGCAGUUGUUUCCAGGAUUCGAGAGUCGUGCCUGUUUGCCGACGACAAAGGCUUCUUACGGCGUCUGGCGUACGUCCAAUCUUACGACGGAACCGACCCGAAGACGUACCGCCCUGGUUUUGAUGGAGGUAUAUGGCAGUUAAGCCUUCCCAAGUUCCUGGAAACGAAAUACAACAAUCAACUACUCCACGAAUAUGACAUGCUUGUGCAGAAGUUCAAUAUAGACUGGGGCGAGGUAAAUUGGAAUGAUCUUAGGAAGCCACUGUACUCGGGGAUAGCCGCCGCUCUCUUCACAAAGAUACAUGGAGGCGUGGGAUGGCGGAUCGAGGACCAGGGCCAGUUCUUUGCCAAUAAUUUCCUUAGUAUGGGUGGAAACAAUUUCACCAAUCUUGCAGAAAUACUUGCCCAAGGCUGUUCAAACACAAAGAAGAUAGAUUUGGCAUUUGUUAUGGACCAGUCUAACAGUCUAUCCGCCGAUGAUAAUUUACGAUCGAAAAUGUUCAUUCAGGACAUCAUCAACGACUUCCCUGUCUCGCCGGACAAGACAAGGGUUGCUAUGGUGACCUACUCCACACAUGCUACUACAAGGUUUUUUCUGGACACGUACAACAGCAAGAGCGACGUGUCUACUGCAAUAGACAACAUACCAUUUGAUAGUGGCACCACUGCAACUGACGAAGCUCUCAAGAAAACAUUGACGGAGGUCUUCCAGGUGUCUCACGGAAGCCGGACGGAUGCGGUGAAGGUCCUUAUCGUCAUCACGGACGGCGCUUCCAAUGACCGCCUGAAUACACUGCACGCUGCCGAGGCCAUCCAUGUAAACAACAUUGUCACAUUUACAAUUGGUGUGGGCAGCCAUAUCAAUCAAGGCGAGCUCAACGCCAUCGCAACAAGUCCGUCAUGUACACACGUAAUGACGGUGUCUGGGUUCACUGACCUGACGGCUCUUAAACAAGAGAUUCAGGAAAAGACAUGUAGAGCACCCUUAUAUAUUAAAAUGAACCACACCUACACGUGUGUUAUGGAAGAGUGCCCUCCCCUUGCUGUCAUUACACCACCAGGAGGCGUUACUGUAGAGACUAAUGUAACCUGCGGUAAAAUCACAUUAUUCACGGCGUUCGGGAGCCCAUACCCUGGAAACUCAUACUAUGAAACGCAAACUCAAACCGAGGCUACUGAUCUUGGAAUCGUGUUCCGAAAUACUACCACCACCCAGACUCUUUUCAUGGGUUUAGGGGAUGCACUCAAAUUGACCAAUGGGACCAGGGGCUGUACCAUCAACGUAACGCCCUACAAUGGGGAUCAUCGUGACCAUGAAAUCAAAUGCUACCAGAACGGCGUACAGAUCAAGUGUCCAGACGACUGUAAAGAACAUUGGGGUUAUGGCAAUAUCUGCACCAAGGAAACACUUCUAGCUGGAAUCACCAAAUUUCCACAUCCGGAUGAUCAUACCAAAUACUUGGAGUGUGAUAACCAGGGUAAGCUGUAUGUGGUACAAUGCCCCCAGAACGAGUCCUACUAUGAUGCCUGUAAGCAGUGUGUUGGUGCUGAUACACCCUGCGUCGUAUUAGGAACCCCGCUCGCCCACGCCAUAGGAAAUCCCUGUUCAGUAGAAGCAAUCUUGGCGAACAAGUUUUUCUUCACUUAUCCGUCCGACGUAACCAAGUUUAUCCACUGCGACGUGUGGGGGAAGGCGUGGGUACGACCGUGUCCCACAGGAGAGGAAUGGGACCAGCAUGAGUUGACCUGUAUCGUGCCCUCCAAUAUUGCUAACCCUUGUCAUCUUAGAGCUCCUGAUGGCCCGUUACUGUACACAUACCCAUGUGACCCGACGAAGUACAUCCAGUGUGAUCUCUGGCAUGAGUCGUUCACACGCCAAUGCAAUCCGCCAAAUUUCUACUUCCAGCAGUCAUCACAGUCAUGCGUAAAUCCAAACUCAUUCGUGCCUAAUACACCAGCCCCCGGAACUUGUAAUGGAAAUUCAGUCACCAACCCUUCUGGCAUUGUGACAGCGCCUCCAACCAUAGGACUUCCGGUGGUUAACACGCCGUCAAUCAACGGGGCGUAUCCCUUCUGUAGCCAAUGUCCCCUGUUCACUACACCCUGUGACGCGGACCACAUCAGCCACGCGAAACUGUUUUUCCCUGUGCUUGGUGAUCGCCAUCACUAUAUCCAAUGUGAUUUGACGGGCCAUAUGUACUUGCAGUCCUGUACCAACAACGGACUGGACUUUUUUGAUCCCAUUACUAACACGUGUGUUGACGGCAGUCUGGCAAUCGACAAUCAGCUGGGCCGCUGACGAAUUCGUUAUGUGUUAUUUUGAUCUUCAUUACAAUUAGCACAUCCCUAACAUUUGUUCUUAGUUUUAUUGUGGUUGUACGAUAUAUUUUAUAUAAAGGCAUGAAAGUGGACCGAGUCUAUAAACCUGUUUCUUGUUAAAGAAAGUUCAUGAUAAGUCUUAAGCAGCGGUUUCCCGCUAUAAACCUGUAUUUGAGGAUAGAGAAAUCGCAGCAAAAAAAUGUUUUCAAAUAUAUCAGAAAGUUUUCUAGUUAUUCUUUGUUUCAAUAUUGAUAAUAUCAAACUUAAUCCGUGUUAAUCCGAGUUGUAUUCAUGGUGCUGUAUUGUACAAUCAAAUUUAGUUAUAUAUAAAACGUCAGCAUCAUACAA